AUGCCCUACUCUUUCACCAGCCUCCUCUGCCUCCUUGUUGUGCCCCUUUCCCAGGCUUCAAACCAGUCCCCACUGCUUCUUGGCUCCCUGCCUGCUGUGCCCAUCCUGCCUCUCCUGCAGGCCCUGCAAACAUAGGCACCAGGCAGCCCAGGCUGGCACGUGGGGCCAGCAAAUGGGCAGCCCCUGCACUAGAUGCUGAAUCUGUACUGGCAUGCCACUGACUAUGAAGACUGACCCCACCACAGMCUGAGCUUCAACACCUUCCACCUGGUCCAGGCCAGUUCCCAUUGGCGUCAACCCUGGGCAGGUUGCUGGAACUUGUAGGCCCUCACCUACUGCCUGGUGGGCCAGCCAGAGGCCCAGCACCUCCUUAGAACCACUGUGGUCUAUCUGCCCGGUCUGUCACUAGGCAGUGGUCUCCUCCUCUGCUCUCUGGAGUUGGUGGUGGCUGGCGAGGCACCCAGGGUGCUACUCAGCCUUACUGCCCGUCCCCGCCAUGGCGAAGUUGACGUCACUCCUUACCUGGUGCUGGGGAACAGCAGCAUGGGGAGCCUGGCACUGCGCCAUAURUGUAUGCAUGCUGGCUGAGGAGGAGGCCAUGAUGCCCCAGUGGCUCCUAGCUGCCCUUUCCUCCUUCUCUACCUUAGUGAUAAAUAGGCAGGGUUGGCACCUCUGGCAGCAGAUCCCCACUGAUACUGGCAUGAUACAGGGACUUUGGCUCCUGACCUGCCCAACUACCUAUGGGAGCAGGGAUGGGAGAAGAGUGACUGUUCCCUCCACCCCUUCCUGUCAGUUUUGCACCCUUGGGCUGGGACCCACUGCUACAACCCACACAACUGCAAAGGCACCUGUCCCCAUCUGCUCCACUAUGACCACCAUGCUCCCAACCAUGCUGUGGUGCAGAGCUUUGUUCAUCAACUAGUGGAUGCCAAUGUGCCCCAGCCCUCUUGUGUGCCCUACUGCUACAGCCCCAUCAGUGUCCUCAUGAUCGAGCACAAUGGAGGCAUACUGUAUAAGGAGUAUGAGAAUAUGAUUGCAGAGUCCUGCACCUGCCAGUAA